CGAAGCGCAGCACAAGAUCUCCGGAGCGUCUAAAGAGAUUAAGGCGGCCCCAUCAGCAACUGCGUGGGGCCUCAAAGAACAGCGCCUUCGAGGCGACCCUGAAGGCGAUGCUCAAGGCGGCGCGGAAGAAGCGCAGCAUCGCGAGGUGGAGAGCACUGGAAACGUUCUUCGAGGGCUAUGUACGGCAGCUCGAGAAGGAGAGCCGCGAGGGGGAUCAGGCGGGUUUCUACAGGCACCUGAAGAUGAUCGACGUCGAAGGAAAGAGGUCGUUCACCUCCCACAACGUCACGGACGAGGACGGCAAGGUCCUUCGGGACCCCACGUUUUUUCGCCAACGGUGGGCACGGUGGUUCCAUAAGCUUCUCAACACCGAGUCGCCGACCAUCGACCUGCAUGCGGCUGACAAGGUCACGCGGUGGCCCACGUGCGUGCCACUCGACGACAUCCCAUCUCUACUUGAGGUAGAGGAAGCGGUACGGGAAAUGGUCAACAGAAAGGCCGUCGGGCCGGACGACCUACCGGCUGAGCUGAUCAAGCUUUUCCUGGACGGAGAUCAAGGUCUCCUCCGCGAGUUCCACGCCACUGUCGUGGACGUGUGGCAGACGGGGGACGUACCACAGCAGUGGAAGGAUGCCACCAUCAAAGUGCUGUUCAAAAAGGGGGACACGAUGGAGUGCGGCAAAUACCGGGGCAUCUCGCUCGUCGCGCACGCCGGCAACGUGCUGCUUAAGGUCGUCGCUACACGACUGAGCCACUACUGCGAGCGAGAGGGCAUCCUCCCGGAGGAGCAGAGCGGUUUCCGCCCACACCGGUCGACGCUCGACAUGCUGUUCGCCAUCCAGCGGCUCCAUGAGCUCGCGAGGAAGAAGAGUACUGCGGUGUUCGCGUGCUUCGUCGACCUCACCAAGGCAUACGAUUCGGUGGACCGAGACCUACUGUGGGACGUGCUCCGACGCUUCGGCGUGCCCCCGAAGAUGCUGGCGGUCAUUCGCCACUUCCACGAGGGCAUGAGGGCGCGCGUCCGAACGGACGACGGGCAGUACUCGGAAUGGUUCGGCGUGGGCCAAGGCCUCCGACUGGGAUGCAACCUGGCCUCGCUGCUGUUCAACUUGUUCUUUGCCGCGAUGCUCAUGGUCGCCGUGGCCGAGUUCGACAAGGACCCCAAGGUGAUGGCGGACAUGGUCAAGAUCAAGACACAAGUGGAGUACACGGGCAAGAAGGGCAGGUCGGCGGGGAAGAAGACGACGGUGGUGACGGACGCGGAGGCCUUGUAGGCCAUGCUCUACGCUGACGACGCGGCC